UUAAUAAUAACAUUGGUUAUUUUUGUUUUAUUGUUGUUGUCAGCAGAAAGACCACCCAAGGUCCGAAGGAUCUAACAUAUAGAAACUACAACACAAUAAAGGAAUGCUUCAGUGAUUGGAAGGUCUGCCUAGAGUUAGGGAAUUCCCCUUUCCCACAAGUACUGAGCAAAAAGUGCAAGAGCAACCAACCAUCAGGGAUGCAGGGAAAGAGAUAACUACUUAAGGAUGCAGUCAUCCAGUACUCAAGAAGUAGUGCUCUACUUAGUGUUCAUCGGAGUUCCCUGGGAGGGCAUGUUAAAGCACAGAGCACUGGCUCCAUGCCCUGAGUACCUGAUUCCCGAAGUCAGGUGGGCCCCAAAAUGUGCAUUGCCAACAGGCUCCCAAGCGAUGCUGGUCAGGGACCACAAUUUGAGAAACGCUGAACCUAGACACAGACCAUUUUUCCAGCUAACAACAGUAACCACUGUUUGUCAGGAAAGGCAGCCAAUCAUUACCCAAAAUGAAUGACUAUGAUUUCCCUAGGUGUGGAGUAAGGAUAUUUCUAUCAUUCUAAUGAUUGUUUAUUUGGAGUGAAUUUUGCAUUCUUUUUUUCCCUCCUUCUGGGCAAACGCAGCAGUCCCAUGGAAAGAGGAAACAAAACUAGAGUCAGGAACUUUCUUCUCCUGGGACUUUCAGAGGAGCCAGACCUGCAGCCUGUCCUUUUUGGGCUGUUCCUGUCUGCAUACCUGAUCACUGUGUUUGGAAACCUGCUCAUCAUCCUGGCCGUCAGCUCAGACCCCCACCUCCACACGCCCAUGUACUUCUUCCUCUCUAACCUCUCCUUUGUGGACAUCUGUUUCACCUCCACCACCAUCCCCAAGAUGCUGGUGAACAUCCAGACACAGAGAAAAGUUAUUACCUAUGCAGGCUGCCUCAGCCAGAUUUUUUUUUUCAUUUUGUUUGGAUGCCUGGACAAUUUACUCCUGACCGUGAUGGCCUUUGACCGCUUUGUGGCCAUCUGUCACCCCCUGCACUACACGGUCAUCAUACACCCCCGGCUCUGUGGGCUGCUGGUUCUAGGGUCAUGGUGCGUCAGUGUCGUGGGCUCUCUGCUCGAAACAUUGCCUGUCUUGAGGCUGUCCUUUGCGAACAUGGAAAUCCCUCACUUUUUUUGUGAUCUUCCUGAAGUUCUGAAACUUGCCUGUUCUGACACCUUUGUCAAUAACAUAGUGGUGUAUUUUGUGACUAUUGUCCUUGCUGUUUUCCCUCUCUCUGGGAUUCUCUUCUCUUAUGCUCAGAUUUUCUCCUCCAUCCUGAGGAUUUCCUCAGCUGGGGGCAAGUACAAAGCCUUCUCCACCUGUGGGUCUCACCUGUUGGUGGUCUCCUUGUUUUAUGGCACAGGCCUUGGUGUCUACCUCAGUUCUGCAGCCACUUCAUCUUCUAGGACAAGCCUGGUGGCCUCGGUGAUGUACACCAUGGUCACGCCCAUGCUGAACCCCUUCAUCUACAGUCUGCGGAACAGGGACAUGAAAGGGGCCCUGGGAGCACUCCUCACCAGGGCGGCGACUCUCAAGGAUGAAGCAGUUAUUGGACUCUCAUGAGUAGCUGGGUGCACAAUACUGAGAAUCAGAAAUCCUGGCUUCCUUUGUCCAAUAUUUUAAAUUUUCCAAAUUUUAUAUGUUCUAAGGCAGAACUUUCCUUGGGUCUUCACUGUUCUUUUCCUGUUUUUCUUAAGGUUCUAUCUUAGGAUCUCUUUUUCGCUUUAUAAUCAGUCAUUUUAACUUUGUAUGAAUAGAACCUGGUAUUUUCUCAAUUGUAUCUUCCAUAAUGGUUUGGAUUUUUUUAAAUAAGUCUCAUUCUUUUAAAAUAUAUCCUCAGAAGUGAUGAGAUGUGUACCUAUUUUGGAAGUGCUGCCCUGCAAACUCAUUUACAGAGAUGAUUUCUGAAGUUACAUGAAAUUCAGCAAAGUUGUAGAAUACAAAAUCAAUAUACA